AUGCCACUUGGAAUCCUAGACGAUACCAAGGUGGAGCACGUUCCAGGCACAGCCCCGUUAAACCAUCUUCAAGACACCAACACCUAUUCAGGAAUUGACCCUAGUCUCCUCAAACAUGACCCAACUGGAAAUUUUGUACUUGUUCCCCAGCCAUCCGACUCGCCAAAUGAUCCAUAUAAUUGGCCGCGACGAAAGAAGGAGUUGUUUACCGUAACCUUUGGUUGGGGAUGCGGAUGUGUUGGAGCUGUCGGUCCGCUGCUCGGAGGAGCUUUUGUGCCACUAGCCAAAGAAUUCGAUGUGUCACUAAGCACAUUCGUCUCCGGGGUUCAAGGGGGAACAAUUGCCGCGAUCGCUGUUGGCAGUCUGAUAUUCAACUCGCUAGCUGUGAAAUAUGGCAAACGUCCCAUCUACUUGUCCACCACGGUGGGGCUCAUGGUUUCGUGUUUCUGGGCAGCAGCAGCAAAAAGUUUCCCGUCUCUUGUUGCGGCAAGGGUGCUUUGUGGCUUGUGCAUGGCACCAUUCGAAGCGUUGAUACCGGCUUCGAUUGCAGACAUAUGGUUUGUUCAUGAAAGAGGAUUUCGCACAGCGGUGUUUAACUUGGGUGUCUUGGGAGGGAUCAAUCUUGCAGUUCCAAUUGCUGCGGCAAUCAUUCAAUAUGGAUCGUAUCAUAUUGCAAUGUACGCGAUGGGUGGUGCAUUUGCGCUGGCACUAAUCAUGAUUUUCUUCUGGAUGCCUGAGUCGGCUUAUGCUCGGGAGGCAUUGAACAUCGAUACAGGUAACGAGAAGGUUGUUGUGGAAGGCGGAGCAAAAUUGCGACAACUCGAUCACCCACAACCUACUGGAGAACAACCUAAUUCAUGGACCAAGGAGCUGCUUCCGUAUAGUGGCUAUAUCAACCCAGUCUCGUUUUGGAAUACUCUUCUUCGGCCAUUCUAUCUACUUGCCUCGCCCAAUGUUCUCUGGGCAGUUUUACUCUUUACAACCUGUAUCUCAUGGCUGGUGGGAAUCUCUCUCACGCUAUCUCAGAUUUUCUCUGCGCCGCCCUACAAUUUCUCUGUGGGAGCUGUCGGAGCGACGAACCUCUCGUCCUUCGUAGCGUCUGUCCUUGGCACGGUGAUUGCAGGCCCUCUAAUUGACGGAAUGGUAAAACAAAUGUCCAAAAUGAACGGUGGCAUAUUUGAACCUGAAUUCCGCCUCCCCAUUAUGAUCACCUACCUCCUCUUCACAGCAACUGGUUUCUUUGCAUGGGGGCAGUCAGCUUACGAACAGGAGCCGUGGCCAAUCCCAGUGAUAGUCUGUCUGGGGUUGAUCAAUUUUGGUGUUCAGCUGGGAACCACCGGCGUCGUCACGUACAUCGUGGACUGUCAUCGCGAGAAAGCAGGCGAGGCCUUUGCGACGAUGAAUUUUAUCAAGAAUCUUUUCGCGUUUGGGUUAUCGUUUUAUAUCAACGACUGGAUUGCGAAUCAGGGUAUUCGAGAUUGUUUCUUUACUAUCGGAGGUAUUACGAUGGGCGUUACUUUUCUGACGAUUCCUAUGUAUAUCUUUGGCAAACGAGCCCGAAGCUGGGUUCAGCGACACGGAAUUGCGGAUCGACUGUAG